AUGCCACUAACAUCCAAUCUCAACUCGAGCGACUAUUACGAAAUCCUCGGCUGUGAUCGCAGCGCCGACGAUGCCGCAUUGAAGAAAGCGUACCGCAAACUGGCCGUCAAAUGGCACCCCGAUAAGAACCCCGGCAACGAACAAGCCACCAAGAAUUUCCAGAAAAUCAGCGAAGCUUACGCGACGCUAUCCGAUAAAAAGAAACGACAACUCUACGAUCAAUAUGGAGCCGAAGGAGCGAAUAUGUCCGACCAAAUGCCGGAUGGUCCUCCUGGUGGUGGUGCUGGAUUUCCCGGUGGAUUUGGAGGAGCCGGUGGAUUUCCAGGAGGCGGAGGAGGUGGAAUGCACCACAUGUCUCCCGGAGAUGCCGAAGCCUUUUUUGCACAUUUCUUUGGAAGUGAAGAUCCCUUUGGUGGAUCUUUUGGUGGAAUGAGAGGCGGAGGAGGAAGUCCAUUCAUCAACAUUCAGACACAAGGUGGUGGGCCACGCGGCAGUCAAAGAAUGUCUGGUGGAAUGCCCAUGGGUGGCGAUCCCUUCUCCAUGAUGUUUGGUGGGGGAAUGCCUGGAAUGUCAUCCUCCAUGGGAGGAGGAAUGCCUGGAAUGGGAGGAAUGCCUAUGGGUGGCAUGGGAGGAGGAAUGCCUGGAAUGUAUCAUCAACAACAACAGCAAGCUCCAUCGUUUGACUCUAUUCCGCCUGGAACUGUAGUUUCCUUGAAGGGACUGCGCAGCAAACCAGAACGAAAUGGAGACAGAGGAGUCAUUCAACAAUACAAUCCACAAAAUGGAAGAUACUUUGUACAGCUCGAGGAUUCCGACGAAGUCAUGGCGGUCAAGCCACUCAAUCUGCUCCAGCACGUACAUGUCAGACUGCACGGCAUUGAGUCCAAACCAGAACUCAACGGCAAGACGGGAACUAUUAUUGCAUGGAAUCCCAAUGCCGAACGAUAUAGCAUUUAUGUCAUGGCAAACUCCAAGGCCGUCAGUCUCAAACCCCACAAUGUCAUUCUCGACGCGGGCACUGUGGGACAAAUCUUUGGUCUGCUGUCCAAGCCCGAAUUGAAUGGAAAAUGGGGAACCAUCAAGGAAUGGGACCGCAAUGCCAACCGAUACAAUGUACAACUCUCACACGACAAGAUUAUUCGGGUCAAGGUGGAAAAUAUUCGAGUAUAG